AUGGCAAAAAGGAAGUAUGGAGCUUGGAAGGAAGAGGACAUGGAAAGAGCAUUGGCUGCAUAUAGAAAUGGAGACAUCGGCUUCAACGAAUGCUGCAGACAAUAUGGAAUUCCUAAACCGACUCUGAAGCGUCAUUUAGAUGGAAAAAAUAUUACUGCUAAUGAAGGGAAAAAAUCAAUGGGACGUCACACCACAUUACCACCUGAAGUGGAACAACAGCUUGUUGAACACAUAAAGAAACUGGAGGCAUGUUUUUUUGGGCUUACCAUAACUGACGUUCGUAGACUAGCAUUUCAAAUUGCUGAGAGGAAUUGUAUCCCCCAUGUAUUCAAUGAAGAGAGCAGAAUCGCUGGGAAAAAAUGGUACUACAAUUUUAUGAAACGCCACAAGGACAUUUCACUUCGUGAGCCUCAGGCAACAUCUUUGGCUAGAGCUCAAGGAUUUUCCAAAGAAAAUGUAAAUGAAUUUUUUGUACUUUUGAGAAAGACUGUAGAGGAGAAUAAAAUUGAUGCCACCUCUAUUUUUAACAUUGAUGAGACAGGCGUGAGUACUGUACAAAACAAAUGUCAGAAGGUGAUAGCUGAGAAGGGUAAGCGAGCUGUUGGGUCCAUAUCUAGUGGAGAAAGAGGUGUUAAUACCACUGUUGUUUGUUGUUCAAGUGCAGCAGGGAUGUAUGUUCCACCCUUAAUCAUAUUUAAAAGAAUGAGGAUGUGCGAUGAUUUGAAGGUUGGAGCACCACCUGGAAGUCUAGUGGAUAUUUCGGAAAAUGGAUGGAUAAAUUCUGAGUUGUUUGUUAAGUGGCUUCGACACUUUAUUGAAACAGUGAAGCCAACCAAAGAGAGAAAAGUUCUUCUCCUUCUUGAUGGCCACACAACUCAUUCCAAGAACUUGGAAGCAUUGGAAAUUGCUCGCGAGGCUGGCGUGAUAAUGUUGCAACUACCAGGACAUACAACUCAUCGUCUGCAACCAUUGGACAGGUCCUUUUUCAAACCUUUCAAAGGCUACUUCACUCAAGCUGUGGAUAAAUGGCUUCGAACAAACCCUGGUCUGAGAAUCACCCAAUAUCAGAUUUCACAGUUAGUGAAUGAAGCAUAUUGCAAAGCUGCCACAAUCGAAAACUCCUGCAAUGGCUUCAAAUGUAGUGGUGUUUGGCCUGUUGAUGCUUCGAUCUUUUCCGAGAUGGACUUUCUGCCAGCCGAGUGCCUCAACAAAUCUUCAGAAGAAAAUCUAGAGAAAGGUGAUAAUUUAGACAAAGAAACUUCAAACUUUAACAGAAAUGAAAAUCUAAACUCUCUCAACAGUUCGAACGAUUCAAUUUCGAAACUCAAUGUUUCAAUUGAAACUAUUUCCCCACUUCCAAUACCAAACAGAGGGAGGAGUAGCUCUACUCCAAAGAUACAGAAAGCUGUAAUCCUAACAAGCAGCCCAUACAAGAAUCAAAUUGAACUAGCGCAUGAGCUGAAACUUGCUAGGGAAAAGGUAAAGGAGCUUCAGAUGAAAAUCAAACCAUUGCCUAAGACAAUGAAAUUGAACAAAACUAAUCAGAAGGCUCCAGGAAGGUUCACAGGAAGAAAGAAGACAACCAGGACAUCCACAAAAACCAGUGAACCACAGGAAAGUGAUUUGUCGAAUGGAGAAAAUAAUCGAGCACUCCUAAACCAAGCUGGAUCUUCCACCCAGAAUGAUGUAAUAAUUGAAGUGGAUGCUGGAGAGUGGUUUUGUUCAAUAUGUGAAGAAAAAACUGUUGAGGAUAUGGUACAAUGCUUAAUUUGUGAAAAUUGGGUCCACGAAAAAUGUGCUGGUACAAAAAAGAGAAUCAAGAAAUAUGUUUGUUACAAAUGUUGUUCUUAG